UUAGAUUGAACAUCUGAGAGGAUUAGCAGCUCAGAGGACUUUAUAAGGGAGACAUCAGACUGAGAGAGAAGCAUCACAAGUGAGAAACUGACAGACUGAUCAGACAGCAUCAGAAAAGGACUUUUGGGAUUGUGAAUCAAAGUAAAUCAGAAAAAUGGCAGAUGUAGCAACUCCCGCUGAGAAGAAGGCACCUCCCAAGUUCAAGCAGAGGACCGUGCGCACCUUCAAGAGCAAGGCGCCCAAACCAGGCCAGAAGGGAUUCGGAGACGACAUCCCCGGCAUGGAGGGCCUCGGCACUGACAUCACAGUGAUCUGCCCAUGGGAAGCCUUCGGGGACAUGGAGCUCAGCGACCUGGCGAAAUAUGGAAUUAUUUAGCACCUCUCUCCUCAGCCUUUGCCCUUAUUGCCACUACUGUCCCUUAUGUGAUUGUACUAUUAAUUAAGCAGCUGGUAAGCUACUACCUAUGUGCUCUACAGAGGAGGCAGCCUUUGAUGUUUUAGAGGUUCAACCUAAUACUUCCUGUCCUCGCUGCUGUUUCAGGGACUUUACUUUCCCUUGCCUUUCUGCCACUACCCCUUCUUCCCUUCCUAAUUGUCUUCAUUCCUACCUCUUUCUUUUCUUCUUCUUCCUCUUUACGUCUGUCAUUCGUCUCUUGUAACCGGUGCAGUCAGCACAGGGAAAGACAAAAACAAACUGAAUAUAUUGUAUGUGUUGUAAAUAUGAGAGGAGGUUUGACAUCUGCUGUUGUGAAAUCCCAGGACUGCUCUCAUUUCUCUCCUCUUUCACCUCUUCUUCUCAAAGCUGCUGAUUCAACAUGCACAGAUUUUGUGUAUUAGAUAAAUUACAUUUUAUUUUUAUGAGAAAGUCUAUAAUUCACUUUACUCUUUCCGGAAUAACAUCAACCCUGUCUAUUUUCUCAGUAGAGAGGAACAAUUACGAAAAACAGAAUAAAAGUGAAUAUUUUCCGUAGAA